AUGGAGGCUUCUCCUCCCAAAGCACGGGGUUCGGGCCGAUCAGGUCCCCGCAGACGUACCGGCUGCCUAACUUGCCGAGCACGCAAAGUACGCUGCGACGAAGCCAAACCCAACUGUGCCAAUUGCGUUCGCUUGCAUCUGCAAUGCAGCUACAAGACUAUCGUCCCGGGCCUGGUCGCUCGACACAAUGGUCACACUCAGAAGCCCGUUCGGACAGCUGUCUCGACGGUUCUUGAUCGUCCAGAUCUUAACUUCUUCAACACUGUAUUGCGGCCCGACGAGCGUCGUCGGCAGUCCAUACAUGCUCAUCUCCCCGAGCAAGGCCAACAGUCGGUGCUGGAGAGUCCAGCACGGUCCAGUUCCGCCCCCGACUUCCAAGGAGCUUUUGACAUGCUCGGCUUCAUCGGGGAAAUUACCUCCGAUCUGGAACAGAAACACCUUGAUUUGACGAAUGGGCUGUCUGACUUCCCCUUAGCGGUUGAUAUAUCAUCCCCAGUGCAAGCUGAGAGUAGGCCAAUUGAGGACAUACCUACCGUCGACAGUGGCUAUUCAGAUGCCGGGCAAAAUGACUUCCCUCUUGAUAUGGGCAGGUCUGAAUCAAAGGCAACGUACCAAGAACAACUUAUGGCUUACUUUAUGGACUCAGAGGCUCCUCCUACCAUUUUUGGGUCGGUAAGUCUCGAAUGGAGCUAUAUCCGCGAGGUAAUUGCUGCCCUUGCGCGGGAAUGCAGCAUUUUGUUGAAUAGCAUCUACUGCUACUCUGAUAUCCACAAGGCUAUGAAAGAAGGGAAACGGUGGCGGAUGGCACCAGCAUUCCAUCAACAAGCGAGUUCGGAUAUUCAAACGUAUCUCCAAGGGGCAAUGAAUACUUCAACGUUGAAGCGAGUGUUCACUGCUGUAUUCCUGCUCAUGAUGGCCGAGUUGAUGUCUACUCCCGAAUCAUGGCGCCCCGAAACAUCCUACCUCCACUCAGCUUACCUUUUACUGCGACAAUAUCGCAAGCAAAUUAAUACAUGGAUCGGCUUCGGCCAUCUAAUCGUCUCGUGGGUAUCGCUUCUAGACGUCAAGGCCUUAAUUGCUGGUCGUGAAGGCGACCCCCUCCUCGAUCUCGGCACUUUGUCUAAACCAACUACCAGCAACCACGAAUUAAACCCUCUCGACGACGGCUACGAGGAAGAGCACUCUCUUCUCUCCCAACCCGCCUACCUCGUCCAACAUGCCAUUACCGCUCCAGCAUUCCACUUCUUCACACAAACCCAACAAGUCAUCCGCCGAAUCGUCUCAAUUGACCUCCACCACCGCAGUCGCGGCACCGUCAGUGACGAAUUCGGCGUCCUCCAAAUCGCCCACCAAGUUAAUGCAGACCUUGAGUCCCUCUGGAACACUCGCCCUCGCAUCCUAGACAUCUACAACCGCCCCAAAACACACCUAUUCGAUACCCUCCGCCCCACUGUUGCCACUCAAAUAUGCCGCACCUUCCGCCAAUACGUCGCCAACUUCCUAGCUAUCUUCAUCUAUCUUCACCGCGUGGCGUUCGUCAUUUACCCACGCACCGACCGUGUACAUCGCGCCGUCGAUCAAAUCAUUCAGCUCGCCACGGUAGAGGCCUCGGGUGCUUCCUCCCUGCCAAUUGGGUUCCUUUGGCCGCUGUUUGUGGCUGGGCUAGAAGGCUCACAUGAGCAGCGCGCGUGGAUCAUCAAGGCUAUGCAGCGGAUGGCGGGUCCAGAUAGUCAGAGACAAGAUUCACAUGAAGAGGAAGGUCCAUACCGCGAGGCCCAGAGCCAUGGCGUUCAUGAUUCCAAUCCUACUGUUCCUGAAGACAAUUGCGCCUGGGUCCAACGCCAUCCGAAUGCGGCCAAAGCGCUUCUCCUCUUGGAAGAAAUGACCCGGAGACAGGAUACAUCGCGGACAUGGGCUGAUUCACGAUGCGUACGGGGGGAGAUGUUUACUGAUUUCUUCGUGAUGAUAUAA